AUUUACAGGUCAAGACGCUCCAAAAUCAAAACAGCCAGACAGAUAGAUAUUUAUUCGUUGCUCUGACCAUGACUUGUUUUCCAGACAGGCUUUACAUUUUAAAACAUUGUAAUAUAUUAUUUUUUAAUGCCCAAUGAAUACAUGUAUCCUGCUGUGGGACCUGUCGCACAGCUCUUACGUUAGCUAGCUAGCAUGUUUACUAGCCUGUUAUGUUUUGGUUUCGAGCUUGCUAGCUUGCUAGCUGCAUUGCAUUACAUAGAACAGCUGGAGCAUGUCUAGUUUAGUUAAAGUGGUAUUAUUCCUUUUAAAGAAUCGGACAGGGUAGAUCGUUAUUAUUGUCAUUAUUGUAAAUGAUUGUCAUAUUGUUGUCGUUUAGGUGAGUUAGAAUUAAUAAAACUUGAUAGUAAAUUUGUAUCUAGCCAGCACCUAUAUAUGAGACAUGGAUCGUCGCCCUGGAAGCAGCAGACAGAGAAGAGACAAAGACUGUAAUGAUCUGUACGCUGUAAAGCGGUUUCGAGCCGGUGAUGAUGCCCCAGUACCCCGUUCCCUCAGUACUCGAGCACAGCUCUAUGAACGAGUCUUUCCUCAGUACAGACAGCCUGUGGAAGUCGGGGUGUUUUCUCUGGAUUCAGAAAGAUCCUUCUUUAAUGACUCCAGACAACUGCGUUACUACGUUGAACCGAGUAAAAAACCCAACUUUAACCUGAGGGACGGUUACAGAGACCGCUUCGUUAAAAGAGAUGACGGGGUAAAAGAGAGACUUGAUCAUAUCCUGAGGUGGAUUGUAACGAACCGAGCCAAACUAUGCUCCACAUCCACUUCUUCAAGCUCCUGUACACUAGGUGUACACUUUGUCACUUGGCGAGGCCACUUAACAAAGCUGUUGGUCACGCCGUAUGAGACGCAGGAGGGAUGGCUGCUGGCCGUGUCCAAGUUCAGAGGGACUCUUUACAUGAGCGAAGUGGAGACCGAGGCGGCCCGAGUUAACCGAGAGAACCGUGCAGAGAAACAUGAGGAGAUGAUGUACUGGGGUUACAAGUUUGAGCAGUACACCUGUGCAGAUGAUGUGAAUGGUGUCCCAGACCGAGGAGGGGUUGUCAAUACAAAUGAGGCUUUCUGCACAGUAGUCCAAACUCACCUAGCAGAUCAUAAGCUGCUCUUCUCUGGUGAGGUGGAUUGCCGAGAUAAAGACGCCAAAGCUCCUCCAGCUCCAGGCUGCUACGUCGAGCUAAAGACCUCAGCUGAAAUCUGCACCCCAAAGCAGCGUAGUAACUUUCACAGAUAUAAGCUGCUGAAAUGGUGGGCACAGUCAUUUCUUCCAGGGGUUCCACGUAUAGUUGCCGGAUUCCGAGACCAUGAUGGUAUAGUGGUGUCUGUAGAGACAUUUCUCGUGUCAAAAAUAUCCCAACUAAUUAAGAACGAGCACAACUGCUGGAAGCCAACAGUCUGUAUGAACUUCUGUAGCGAUUUCCUCUCCUUUGUGAAAUCUGUGGUGAAAGAGGAUAAUCCGGGGUUGGUGUACCUGUUUGCAUGGGAGCCACAUAGAGACGUGACCUACACAGUUCACAGAGAUUCCCAGUAUACGUUCCUUCCAGAUUGGUAUCUCAAGGAAAUGGCAAGCCAUCAUCACCAACAUGACUCUAACCCUAAAAUCUAAGACUGUAUUCAAUCAACCAAGAUGGUCUUCUUGUCUGUAUAUAGAUCUAAACAUGCACUAUAUGCCAAAAGUAUGUAGACAUCCGACCUUCACACCCACAUGUUAAAUUUCCAUAAUCCUUAGCAUAAACAUGGAGAUGGUUCUUCUGGGAAGACUAGAUCAUGGAAAAUGGUUGUGGGAAUUUCUGUUCAUUCGGUCACAAAAUCAAUGGUGCGGUCAGGCAUUGAUGUCAAAUGAGGAAAUGAGUUCAUCCCAAAGGCUUUCAGCUGGGUUGAGGUCAGGGCUCUGUGCAGAACACUCACAGUAUCCACUCCAACCUUUGCAAACUGUCUUCACGGACCCUGCUUUGUGCACAGGCGCAUUGUCAUAACAAAACAGGUUUACACCCUUUGGCUCCAGUGAAGGCAAAUCUUAAUGCAACAACACAUAAAAACAUUUUAAACAAGUGCGUGCUUCUAAAAUUGUGGCAACAGUUUGAUGAAGAGCCACAUAUGAGUGUGAUGGUCAUAUAGUGUACCUGUAACCUUCAUGCUUCUAUCCAAUACUAUACGAUAUAGAUUCAUACAGUAACAAUUAUAUCAUGCAAAUUGAACUUCCGAAUGAUUGUCAUUAUUCUCCCAAACUUUAAAUGGGUUUCUCGAUACAAAUAAGGGUCUCUCGGGCACAAGCCUAUUUUGAUUCCCAUUUUGGGGUCUGACUCAUUUGGCUUUGUGACAAUAAAAUGUUUGUUAAUCGUGCUAAACUUUUAAA